GAGCGUCACGUUGCUACGUUGUCGUCCCGUCCCCCGUUGCCAUGCAGUCAAAUGUUCACAAAGCAAAUUGUUGAAGCUCUGGCCUUUUUGUGACAUCGAAAACAAAUCGUGAAAACUCCACGAGCAGAGAGUGAACACUAAGUCGUUACAAGGAAUGAUACAAGCUUCAAAAAGUCCCAUGUGGUCGCCCAUAAUUAGAUGAGAGAGCGCAAAGUUCUAUACGCAAGCCAGAGUUGGCCAAGAGCAGCUCACAUUCGGCGAAUUCGGUCAACGGUCAACAGCAAAGAAGCCGUGUUUAUUAUCUUCGUGCUUCUUACUGGAACCUGUGGAUAUGCCCACGGAGAAUCGGCUUCUAUUUUUAGUAAAUCAAGUAUUUUAUCAACCCCAACACCAACACAAACUGGCGUAAAUGAACCGACUAUCAAUGGCGGUUACUCGAGCUGGCAAGGUGGAUCAAAUGUAUCGACAACGUCUCUGCCAUCUUUGGACGCAUCGGCAUCUCAAGAAAUCUUGCAAAGCAGUGGUACAGGCAACUCAUUCAUUACAUCUAACACAUUAACAAUGGUGACGUCACUCACAACAUCACAUACACCUAGAAACACGUUGUCCAUCAUGACGUCAUCCACAGCAUCAGUUACACCUAGUAACAAAUCAUCCAUCAUGGCGUCACCUACGACAUCAGUUACACCAAGUAAUACGUCAUCAAUUAUGGCGUCACUUACAACAUCAGUUACACCUAGUAACACAUCAUCCAUCAUGGCGUCACCUACGACAUCAGUUACGCCAAGUAAUACGUCAUCAAUCAUGACGUCAUUCACAACAUCAGUUACACAAAGUAAAAAAUCAUCCAUCAUGGCGUUAUCCACAACAUCAGUUACACCUAGUAACACGUCUGCCAUCAUGAAGUCACCUACGACAUCAGUUACACCUAGUAACACAUCAUCCAUCAUGGCGUCACCCACAACAUCAGUUACACCUAGUAACACAUCAUCCAUUAUGGCGUCACUCACAACAUCUGUUACACCUAGUAACAAAUUAUCUAACAUGACGUCAUCCACACCAUCAGUUACACCAAGUAUUACAUCCAUCAUGGCGUCACCUACGACAUCAGGUACACCAAGUAACAUAUCAUCCAUCAUGGCGUCAUUCAUAACACCAGUUACACCUAGUAACACACCAUCCGUCAUGGCGUCAUUUAUAACAUCAGUUACACCUAGUAACGCAUCAUCCAUCAUGAUGUCACUUACAUCAUCAGUUACACCUAGUAACACAUCAUCCAUCAUGACGUCACUCACAUCAUCAGUUACACCUAGUAACACAUCAUCUAUCAUGGCGUCAUCCACAACAUCAGAUACACCAAGUAACACAUCAUCCAUCAUGGCAUCACUCACAACAUUUGUGACACAAAGUAAUACGCCAUCCAUCAUGGCAUCAUCCACAACAUCGGUUACACCAAAUAACACAUCAUCUAUCAUGGUGUCACCCACGACAUCAGUUACAACAAGUAACACGUCAUCCAUCAUGACGUCAUCCACAACAUCAGUUACACCAAGUAACACAUCCAAUAUGGCGUCACCCACAACAUCAGUUACACCUAGUAACACAUCAUUCAUCAUGGCGUCACCCACAGCAUCAGUUACACCUAGUAACACGUCUGCCAACAUGAAGUCACCUACGACAUCAGUUAUACCUAAUAACACAUCAUCCAUCAUGGCGUCACCCACAACAUCAGUUACACCUAGUAACACAUCAUCUAUUAUGGCGUCACUCACAACAUCUGUUACACCUAAUAACACAUUAUCUAACAUGACGUCAUCCACAACAUCAGUUACACCAUGUAACACGUCUUCCGUCAUGACGUCAUCCACACCAUCAGUUACACCAAGUAUUACAUCCAUCAUGGCGUCACCCACGACAUCAGGUACACCAAGUAACAGAUCAUCUAUCAUGGCGUCAUUUAUAACAUCAGUUACACCUAGUAACACAUCAUCCAUCAUGGCGUCAUUUAUAACAUCAGUUACACCUAGUAACACAUCAUCCAUCAUGGCGUCAUCCAUAACAUCAGGUACACCAAGUAACAUAUCAUCCAUCAUGGCGUCACCCACGACAUCAGGUACACCAAGUAACAUAUCAUCCAUCAUGGCGUCAUUUAUAACAUCAGUUACACCUAGUAACACAUCAUCCAUCAUGGCGUCAUUUAUAACAUCAGUUACACCUAGUAACACAUCAUCCAUCAUGGCGUCAUUCACAACAUCAGAUACACCAAGUAACACAUCAUCCAUCAUGACGUCACUCACAUCAUCAGUUACACCAAUUAACACAUCAUUCAUCAUGACGUCAUCCGCACCAUCAGUUACACCAAGUAACACAUCAAAUAUGGCGUCAUCCGCAACAUCAGUUACACAAAGUAACACAGCCAUCUUGUCGUCAUCCACAACAUCAGUUACACAAAGUAACACAUCAUCCAUCAUGUCGUCAUCCACAACAUCAGUUACACAAAGUAACACAGCCAUCAUGUCAUCAUCCACAACAAUUAGACCAGGUAACAGCACAUCCAUCACGGCGUCAUCCAGAACAGCUACACCAAGUAACAUAUCGUUAAGCUUAACGUCAUAUCCAACAUUGGCCACAUCAAGUAACGCAAUGCCACCAACCGCGAUUCGUGAGUCAUUAGCUUCUAAUGUAAGCACGCUUGUGAUAAGCACUCAAGCUAUAACGUCAACUAUAUGUGAAAGCUGUGUCUCGAUGUCUGCCUUCAAUCUUACGGCGCUCUCAACUAAAUUAGCAGCUUCGUCCUUCACCAAUGCCACUCUAACUCCUACUGUGCCUGCUGUGUCAGCCGUUCACUCCGUAAACUUUAAUAUCAGCACUUCUCCUACUACCGCGAUGACAUCAAUGAUAUUAACUGAUGCAACAGCGGCAUAUUUACAAACGUCAACAUUGUUUUAUUCGUCUAGUGUGAAGCACUUUCAUAAUACUUCCGUAGCAAUUCAGCCUUCACCUCAAAGCACAGUAUCUUUGCUACCAGCUGUUACUUCAACUUCAAACGAAACUGUUCGACCCUGGUUUCAAAGCAGUAAUUCGCUUGUCAUUGUACCUCCAAUAUCGUCCACAAUAAACACAACUGAUAAAACUACACAUAAUGCUACGGUAACUCGUGCUUCGUAUUCGACGUUCGCACCUAUCAAUGUAACGUCUACGUUCACCGUUUCUCCGUCCAGUAUACAAAGCAUGUCAAACGUACUGCUUGAUGUGUCUUCAACAGCACCUCUUAGCACCAGUUUGUUGGCCUUUAGAAAAACUGCUGCUCAAACAAGUCAUAUCGCUAUUAUAAACACUACAUAUUAUAUAAAUGCAUCAUCAACUUCUGCGUCUCCCCACUCGUCAAUAUCAGUGCAUGAUGGCCUAUCAACCAAACGUUAUACCUCAUCGUAUGUUACGCCACACUCAAGUAACGCGUUAAAUGGCUCUUCUAAUGCAACGGUGACUUUUUUACCAACAGAAACCAGAACAAGUACUUUACGGUCGACGCCAAUAUUGUCAUAUACGAACAUUGCGAACACAACAAGCCGCGACACACAAUCUACAAUUGGUUUUACCACGGUUACGAACCUACCAUUGAGUACCGUAACUGUAACGAGCACGACUGCUGUGAAUAGCUCAAAGAGCGCUAGCAUUGAAUUAAACAGCACUUUAAUUCCGACUAUAAGCAAGACGAGUGAAAUCUUGCGUACUAGUCAAAUUUAUGAAACAAUAUCAAUCAACGUCACAGCUGUUUCUUCGUCACCAAAUGCGUCAGUAAGCGUAUUUUAUGAAACUAAAGCUUUAACCACAACAUCGACCAUUUUACUUUCACUAAAUGGGACAACCAUAUCUGUGUAUGAAACCAUAGCUGUUAACGCCACACCUACCAUUUCUCCGUCACCAAAUGGGACAACCAGUUCUGUAUAUGAAACCAUAGCUGUUAACGCCACACCUACCAUUUCUCCGUCACCAAAUGGGACAACCAGUUCUGUGUAUGAAACUAUAGCUGUCAACUCAACGACUUCCAUUUCUCCGUCACCAAAUGGGACAACCAGUUCUGUGUAUGAAACCAUAGCUGUUAACGCCACACCUACCAUUUCUCUGUCACCAAAUGGGACAACCAGUUCUGUGUAUGAAACUAUAGCUGUCAACUCAACGACUUCCAUUUCUCCGUCACCAAAUGGGACAACCAGUUCUGUGUAUGAAACUAUAGCUGUCAACUCAACGACUUCCAUUUCUCCGUCACUAAACGGAACAACCAAUUUCACGUAUGAAACUAUGGCCGUUAACGCCACGCUUACCAUUUCUCCGUCACCAAAUGGGACAACCAGUUUUGUGUAUGAAACUAUAGCUGUAAAUGCUACGCCUACCAUUUCUCCGUCACAAAAUCGGACAACCAGUUCUAUGUAUGAAACUAUAGCUGUCAACGCAACGACUUCCAGUUCUACGUAUGAAACUGUAGCUGUUAACACCACAACUACAAUUUCUCCAUCACCAAAUGGAACAAUCAGUUCUGUGUAUGAAACUUUAGCUGUCAACGCUACCCCCACCAUUUCUCCGUCACCAAAUGGGACAACCAGUUCUUUGUAUGAAACUAUAGCUGUCAACUCAACGACUUCCAGCUCUCCUUUUGAAACUGCAGCUGUUAACGCCACAACUACCAUUUUUCCGUCACCAAAUGGAACAACCAGUUCUGUGUAUGAAACCAUAGAUGUCAAGUCAACGCCUUCCAUUUCUCCGUCACCAAAUGGGACAACCAGUUCUAUGUAUGUUACUAUAGCUGUCAACUCAACGACUUCCAUUUCUCCGUCACUGAAUGAGACAACUAGUUCUGCAUAUGAAACUAUAGCAGUUAACGCCACACCUACCAUUUCUCCGUCACCAAAUGGGACAACCAGUUCUUUGUAUGAAACCAUAGAUGUUAACGCCACACCUACAAUUUCUCCGUCACUAAAUGAGACAACUAGUUCUGCAUAUGAAACUAUAGCUGUUAACGCCACACCUACCAUUCCUCCGUCACCAAAUGGGACAACCAGUUCUUUUUAUGAAACCAUAGAUCUUAACGCCACACCUACCAUUUCUCCGUCACCAAAUGGGACAACCAGUUCUUUGUAUGAAACCAUAGAUGUUAACGCCACACCUACCAUUUCUCCGUCACCAAAUGGGACAACCAGUUCUGUGUAUGAAACUAUAGCUGUCAACUCAACGACUUCCAUUUCUCCGUCACUAAAUGAGACAACUAGUUCUGCAUAUAAAACUAUAGCUGUUAACGCCACACCUACCAUUUCUCCGUCACCAGAUGGGACAACCAGUUCUAUGUAUGAGACUAUAGCUGUUAAUGCUACGCCUACCAUUUCUCCGUCACCAAACCGGACCACCAGGUCUGUGUAUGAAUCUUUACCUGUCAGCGCAACGACUUCCAGUUCUACUUAUGAAACUGUAGCUGUUAACGCCACAACUACAAUUUCUCCAUCACCAAAUGGAACAAUCAGUUCUGUGUAUGAAACUUUAGCUGUCAACGCAACACCUUCCAUUUCCCCGUCAUCAAACGAAACAACUAGUUCUACGUAUGAAACUGUAGCUGUUAACGCCACACCUACCGUUUCUCCGUUACUGAAUGGAACAGCCAGUUAUCUAUAUGAAUCUAUUGCUGUUAAUGCUACCCCCACCAUUUCUCCGUCACCAAAUGGAACAACCAGUUCUUUGUAUGUAACUAUAGCUGUCAACACAACGAAUUCCAGCUCUCCUUUUGAAACUGCAGCUGUUAACGCCACAACUACCAUUUCUCCGUCACCAAAUGGAACAACCAGUUCUGUGUAUGUAACCAUAGUUGUCAACACAACGACUUCCAUUUCUCCGUCACCAAAUCGGACAACCAGUUCUAUGUAUGAAACCAUAACUGUCAACACAACGACUUCCAGCUCUCCUUUUGAAACUGCAGCUGUUAACGCCACAACUACCAUUUCUCCGUCACCAAAUGGAACAACCAGUUCUGUGUAUGAAACCAUAUCUGUCAACUCAACGACUUCCAUUUCUCCGUCACCAAAUGAAACAACCAGUUCUAUGUAUGUAACUAUAGCUGUCAAUUCAACGACUUCCAGCUAUUCUUUUGAAACUUCAGCUGUUAACGCCACAACUACCAUUUCUCCGUCACCAAAUGGAACAACCACUGCUGUGUAUGAAACUUUAACUCUUAACGCAACGACUUCCAGUUCUACGUAUGCAACUGUAGCUGUUAACGCCACACCUACCAUUUCUCUAUCGCUAAACGGAACAACCAGUUCUGUAUAUGAAACCAUAGCUGUCAACUCAACGCCUUCCAUUUCUCCAUCACCAAAUGGAACAACCAGUUCUGUGUAUGAAACUAUAGCUGUCAACUCAACGCCUUCCAUUUCCCCGUCACCAAAUGGGACAACCAGUUCUGUAUAUGAAACCAUAGCUGUCAACUCAACGCCUUCCAUUUCUCCGUCACCAAAUGGGACAACCAGUUCUGUAUAUGAAACCAUAGCUGUCAACUCAACGCCUUCCAUUUCUCCAUCACCAAAUGGAACAACCAGUUCUGUGUAUGAAACAAUAGCUGUUAACGCCACACCCACCAUUUCUCUGUCACCAAAUGGGACAACCAGUUCUGUGUAUGAAACCAUAGCUGUCAACGCCACACCUACCAUUUCUCCGUCACCAAAUGGGACAACCAGUUCUGUGUAUGAAACUAUAGCUGUCAACUCAACGCCUUCCAUUUCUCCGUCACCAAAUGGGACAACCAGUUCUGUGUAUGAAACUAUAGCUGUUAAUGCUACGCCUUCCAUUUCUCUGUCAACAAACGAAACAGCCAGUUCUCCGUAUGAAACUAUAGCUGUUAACGCCACACCUACCAUUUAUCCGUCACCAAAUAGGACAACCAGUUCUAUGUAUGACACUAUAGCUGUCAACUCAACGCCUUCCAUUUCUCCGUCACCAAAUGGGACAACCAGUUCUGUGUAUGAAACAAUAGCUGUUAACGCCACACCUACCAUUUCUCUGUCACCAAAUGGGACAACCAGUUCUGUGUAUGAAACCAUAGCUGUCAACGCCACACCUACCAUUUCUCCGUCACCAAAUGGGACAACCAGUUCUGUGUAUGAAACUAUAGCUGUUAAUGCUACGCCUUCCAUUUCUCUGUCAACAAACGAAACAGCCAGUUCUCCGUAUGAAACUAUAGCUGUCAACUCAACGCCUUCCAUUUCUCCGUCACCAAAUGGGACAACCAGUUUUAUGUAUGAAACCAUAGCUGUGAACGCGACAUCGACAUCAGUAGGAACCAGUAAAGUGUAUGAAACCAUCUUACCAAACGCGACAUCAACAAUUGGCUUGUCUCAGAACUCAAGCCGUCUAUUUGAAACUGACUCUGUCGCUCUAUCACCAAAUGUGACCUUUGUUACAACAAGACCUUCCAGUAAGGAGGCCAGUAGCUCGUUCCUAUCGCUGGUAUUCUCAGCAGAUGUGCCGACCUCCUCACCAAGUGUUUUAUCACCAAAUGUGACCUUUGUUACAACAAGACCUUCCAGUACGGAGGCCAGUAGCUCGUUCCUAUCGCUGAUAUUCACAGCAGAUGUGCCGGCCUCCUCACCAAGUGUUUUAUCAGCAAGUUUGUCCUCCCUUUCGACCCAUACUGGGAGCAGUAUUGUAGGUCUACCAAUAUCAUCUUCUAUAACAAGCACAGCCACCCAAACAGACAUACGAUCAAUAGGCACGAAAAGUAGCAUUGAUGUAUCUUUGCCGUUUUCCUCUUCGUUGGCCGUGAGAAGCACUCCUGUCGCUGCCUCCUCGGAAGGUAUUGAUAUGGGAAUGACAGAAUCUCUCUCAGCUCAUUUGAUGUCUCCGAUUUCAUCGGUAUCAUUUACAGUGUUGAGUACGGAGAAGUAUCCAAGCCAUAGCCUACCGAUAUCGUCAUCAUUACCAAAAGAAACUUCUAUUUUAUCGCCUACGAAAACCAUCACGACGCCCUUCACUUCGUCAGAAGCAAUGACAACGUCGGCCUCUUCAUUAACAUCAAGAUCCAAAGAGGUAGAAACUGCUUCAUCUUCAAUGGGUUUAUUAAGCUCAUUGCAGCCUUCAUCGAUAGACACAACAAGUAGCAUUAUUAGUAGAGAGGAGUCUAGCUUACCUCUUACACCAUCACCUUUCACGUCAAGUAUCGAAGAUUUGGUAACCACUUACACAAGCCAAAUACUCUCAACCAUGGCAGACGCACCAAGUACAAUGAUAAAAAGUGUUUCUCUAGUCCUGAAAAGUCCGACGCCAUCACACUCAUAUUUAACAUCAAAUAUCGAAGACCUAGUAACCCCUUCGAUAGCCUUAGCAACCUCAGCAAUUUCGGUCAUGGUAGACGCAAGCAGUAGCGCCAGCGCAAGUGGUUCACAGGUCUUAUCGACCCCAGUCGAUAAGACCCCACAAUCACCUCCAUCUUCGACUUCAAGUAUCAUUGUCCUAGUAACCUCUUCGCCUUCGAUAGCCUUAGCAACCUCAGCAAUUUCGGCCAUGGUAGACGCAAGCAGUAGCGCCAGCGCAAGUGGUUCACAGGUCUUACCGACCCCAGUAUUGACACAAUCACCUCCAUCUUCGACUUCAAGUAUCAUUGUCCUAGUAACCUCUUCGCCUUCGAUAGCCUUAGCAACCUCAGCAAUUUCGGCCAUGGUAGACGCAAGCAGUAGCGCCAGCGCAAGUGGUUCACAGGUCUUACCGACCCCAGUAUUGACACAAUCACCUCCAUCUUCGACUUCAAGUAUCCUAGUCCUAGUAACCGCCUCGCCUUCAAUAGGUGUACCUACCUCAGCAUUGUCAACCGUUGUUGACCUCGAGAGUAGCGCGACUAAAAGCGUUUCUCAAGUUUUGUCUAGUCCAGUUAUAUCGCCGUCGACUGUUAGCCCGGUAGCUCCUUCUAGCUCCAUCUUUCUCCCAAGUAUGAAUGAUACUGAAGAGCUUGUCGUUAUCGUGCUUGCUGUUCCUGUAAACGAGGACGUGUCAAGCGAUGAGUUCAAGAGCAAGAUGGAAAAGGAUUUGCUUAAUAUGUUCAAUGAGGCCGUCAAAAAGGACAGUGCGCGUAGACGUCGGCAAGUCGUGGAGGAAACAAGAGAGUUAUCAGGAUUUAUCGAGGCUCUGAAAAGACGUGAUGUAUCUAGGAAGUACUAUGUGAAACACGCAAGAUUCCGACGAGCAACAAACGAUUAUCGAGUGCAGGUGGUGAGUGUUAAGCGUGUAAACCCCGAGAGCGAGAUGGUGGAAAUUCAGUAUCGCGUACUGCAGGGUAACCGCAUCGUUCCCGCGGCUCAAGUCACAGAACUGACGUCCAAACUCAGUAAAGGGGAGAUUGGCAAAGUGAUGGAAUACACGGUCGAGCGACGCCCCUAUCCCGCUGCCGUCCAAGCUACUGCCCAGCCCGCCACGAAGGGUACCGAUCCCGUAUGGACCGCUGUUAUCGUAGCGUGCUCGGUCAUCGCCAUCAUCAUCAUCCUCAUCAUUUACAUCAAGUGCGUGGCGCGCAAGAGAAAGAGAGUAAGAAGCUUUACUCCUGAACAGGUCAAGAGCGACGCUCCAAGUCCUCCAGUAAACGCGUCACGUGACCUGCCAUAUUACCGGGAGUACCCUACCAAACCAAAAGACUUGUACCGAGGGAAGAAACCACGCCGACAACGGCCAAGUUCAAGUAGUGAAAGUAGUGAUGAGAUAAUGGCAAAUAAAACCCUCCCUCCCCUCCCUAAACAUUCAGCCCUGGAGCCGGACGUGGAGAUUCAUCAACCACGAGAGAAACAUCUGCGCCGAAUCGAGGUGAAAGAGCGAGACGAAAGACCUCGUAAGUUCACCGAGGAUCACGCGAGGGCAGCCGAGAGGUUUCCGACCGACAGGCGCUCGAACAUUUCCGAAAAACGACCGAAGUCCGCCGAGAGGUACCCGAAGAGGACAAAACAAGAGAAUAUAGAGAUGAAGCAUGUAGCGGGAGUGGUGGAGAACACCAAUCAACUUGGUCAAAAUUUGCUGCUGGCGCAUGACCCCAUGACUAGGCCCCAGGUCCCUGUCCGCCUCUCACCCCUGCCACCUCUGGUCCAGACCCCGCUCAUCACGGGCAAGUCACCGCGCGGGAAGAUGAACACAGAGUCAGGACUACCGCAGGCCUGGAAGGAGCCUGUACCUCUACAAGAGCUUCAUAACUUAGCGGUCACUAAUCUUGGCCGUGAGCUCGACACCAGUAACCCGGAUGAUGCCAUGUAUAUCCAGGCAAAUGUCGAACGCUGGAGGAACAAACAGAGACAACGCGAGAAGCUGCGUCAGGAGAUGCGAGAAAAAGAGCGAGCGAAGGAAGAAAAACUCAAGCGGGAGAAUGUAGAGGCCGAGAAUCAAGACCAGGCUCUCCCACCGCUAGAAAUGUCCUACGAUGCAAUCAGCCGUCGACAGAAGUCUCGGAGAGACCGCUGGCUGCAUAAUCGCGUGGGCACAAGCGACUCAGUUGACAGCAGUAGCACUAUGGGUAGCGGCACGGAAACGAGGCUUGAAGAGGAAGAAUUACUGAAACAGGAACUUGAGAGAUUAAAAAGGAAGAGAAAGAAAAGGAAAGCUAAAAAGCAGGCGCAAGGGCGAGUUGGCGUCAGCGGUCGUGUUGCUAAAUCGUCCGCCCAGGAUGCCUUGCGUGAAUCAAACUGGGUAACUGACGAUGCACCACAGGGAGUCCGUCUGGUGGCGGUCAGGCCACAUGACCAAAUGGAUCAUAACACACAGGGAGCCCAUCCUCAGCGGCAGCACCCAGUAGCACCGGUAUCCCCUCGGCAACAGCAGAGCCAAUAUAUUCACGAUCUGCUAAACAAUAGCUAUCCCAUCAUACCCAAAGUAGGCGAGCCUGCGUCUCCAUAUGUCAGCAGUCCUCGCGAAUCGGUGCUAAUAGACGUAGCAGAGGAAGUACCACCAGACGUUAAUCUGUACGAGUCCAUUGCCAUCCCGGAUCCGUACGUUCCCCAGUACGGAGACAGCAUCUCAUUCGAAGACGAGACUUCUCCGCGCUACUACGAUAACAACAACACGUACGAGGAACCAAGCCUAACUCCUGCCGCACUACCCGAAUCCUCCCUCACGUACCCGAACGGGCCGGUCCCGCAGCCAAAGGUAUUCGUUCCCACGGCACACGCGCGAGGCCUGACGGGUCCAACUACAUCCUCGCCAAUCAAGGGUAGGCCCACAUCCGCACGACAGAGUCCACAAGGAACAAGACCCACGAGACCAUCCUCGGCGCACGCGUCGCCCUCUUCCAUAUAUGCCCCGAGGGACCCGAGACAGUUUGCACGUGAGGUGCCUCCAGAGCCGAGACCGUUUGCUCAAGAAGUGCCCCAAGAGGCGUCAGCACCUCGACGAUACGGCACCAGGCCUACAUCGGCUGCAUCCACUCAGCCCAGUCUAGGGACUUCUCCGAGAUACAUGCGCGAGCCUCAAGGGACACGUGAGCCGAAAGACCCUUACCAAGAGGCCAGAUCCAUCUUAGAAAAUGCUCAAAGACAGGUGGAUAGAUUUGAGCGAGGUCGACCCCGGGAUGAGCCAGAUGCAGGAUACAGCACGCCCCAGAGGGGGUCAGGUUAUUCCAUGCCCCAAAGACCCCCGGACAGAGGGGUACCGCGUGUAACACGCAUCCCACCCACGCCUGGAAAGGCGGCCCAGGGCCAGAUAGCCGCUCUUGAGAAAGCAGAGCUUGAGGCCCAGAUGCUUGUCUCGCGUGCUUUGGCACGUGCACGUGGUAAUGUCAGGACAUGAAAAUGUGCACGCUGGUAUGUAUAUAGAAAUUUGCAGGACACAAAUGCAAGUAAACUUUGCGAUAUGUAAUAAAUUGUAUUUCAUCAUAGCAAAAGUUGUAUGUAUGUUUAACACGCUAUCAGGCACGUUUGUUUGUCGUGCUUUACUCCGUAUUACAUAUGCACAUAAUCAGACUUCUAUUUCUAAAUUAUGAUAUUUUCAAGAAAUUAAAGUAACUCCGUUAUCCGUCCUUUUCUACUGCAUUUCAUUGUAAAUUAAGACUGCACUACUGUUUAUGUUUUACUGGUAUACUCUUGGAAUGUUAAAAAGUCUAUUUUUGUAUGAUAAAGUGAAAGGUUCAUUUGUACAGUAAAUAUAGUUUUCUAGGAAAAUAUAUACAAGGUUCUAAUUAAGCUAUUUGAGUAAAUAGUAUUAAUAUUAGCUUUGAUUGUACAUGCUUAUGAAAUCGCUAUAAAUUAAUAUAAUUUUUAGUACAAGAUGUAAAGAUCAUCCUUAUAGAACAAAUUUAUAUGUAAAUCAAGAGAAUAUGAAUAAAAGACAACAUGCCUAAA